AUGGAUCUUGAUGAUGUAUCAAAGACUCACCAUCCCGAAGAUUUCGUCCAAAUGGUAAAACUUUUAGAGUUUUUAUCAGAUCCUAUUAUCUAUCCACCCAAGGGCAAAAUGCAGGAUAAUAUUUCAUUUGAAGUCUUCGUUAAUAUAUGCGACCAUUUACCACCUCAAGAUCUACUUAUGCUGUCAUGUGUAUGCAAAAACUUUGCCAACAUGCUUGACGCGGAUAUAUUUGCCAUUUCUUCAGAAAUUUGGAAAUCAUCUCGUGAACAUUUUACGGUGUUCAAGGAUAUGGAUCCGCCUAAAGGAAUGUCACAAAAACGAUUCGCUCAAUUACUUAAUUUUGGCAAAGAGUACGAAUUUCAAAUUGAUAAAAGUAUUAUUGAUGGCAUUCCACCUCUCGUACCUUGUCCAGAUGAUGGUGGUAAGACACAAUAUUAUUGGUUGCCUCAUGUAACUUCCGUGCAAAGGAAAUUACAAACUGAAUCGAAUUCGAAUGAGCCAAAACCAGAGGUUGGUCAUCUUAACGAAGAGAAUAUUGAACGUCAUCUUUUGGUAACGCAAUAUUGGAAGGAGCAAGUUGUACAUCAGCAGAACAAAGUUCAAACAAUUGUUAGAGAAUUUUACGAGAAAAAAAUUUUAAACACAUCAGAUAUCUUUACGAAUAAUCCAGUGAUUAAAAAUAUUAUGGGCAAAAUUUUGAUCAAUCCAUUUGUUGAGCAAGAUUUCAAAUCAUUCAUUGAAGAACUUAAAACGGUUUACGGACAUUCGACUAUGGAUGCAAAGUCUUCCAAAGAUUUUAAACCUAAUAGACCACAAAGGAAAAAUUCGAUGAAGACAUAUCCAUCUGAUUAUGAGCCUAUUAAAAAAGAAAAGGAGGCUUCAGUACCUUUCUCAAAAUAUCCAUUCGAUCAUGGAACACCAACAAUCAAACCGAUGCCACCGAUAAUUCCAAAUGGACAAUUUAUGGACACAUCAGGUUCUCAAAUGAAACCCAUUAAUCCAAUACCAGGUCCACAAAUGAAUUCAAUUAGGAAACCAAUGCAAAGUUCUCAAAUUAACUCUGCCAAUGCACCACCGGUGGCAAAUUUUCCAAUGGAUCCAAUUAACACGCCAAUAACAAAUCUUCAAAUGGCAAAUCUUCAAAUGAAUCAGAUUAAUCAUAUGCCACUUGUGCCAC